UAUAUGACUAUAAUGCUCUGGGAUAUUAAUUUUAACCAUAUUUCGACUUCGUAAUUUUUUUUUUUUUUGUAUACUCACUCGUACUUGCAAUUAUAAUGAAGUUUUAGUUGCAAAUGAAUGGUAUGUACUCAAUACUUCCACUCGGAUUUCUCAUACGAGCAAUAAAAAGUCCAGAAGACUUUUUGCACAUAAAAAAAGCAAUUGAUAUACCUAAGCCCACCAAGAGUUGCUUCACCCCUUUUUCUUUCCCAAGUUUCCAAAGGGACUAAGUGGUGGUCUCACCAAGAUUAGAUGACCACGCAAUCAUGAUCACUUGGUGGGCAAUUAAUUCUACUAAGCAAGCCAAAGGAGGCCACCCAUCUCCCUUGAUCCCAUCAUCACCAUCCUUCUCCCGCACUUAACCAACCAACCAACACUCACGCCCAAGGAGAUCGGCUGAUCCUAGCGCUCCUUCUUGCACCCAAAGCAAGGCAAACCAAAAGAGCACCAUCGGGUGUGUGGAGCAGGCCAUCAUUGCUCUGCCUUCGUGAAGCAUGCAUGAGCUGUGCACCCCUGGCGACGGUGGUGGCGCUGCUCCCCACCUCAUUAAAGACGAGGGGGCCUCUCCUACCACCACUUCCUAGUCCGCCCUACGUUCCCCGGCCCCCAUUCAAAAUUCAAACACUUUGCAGCAGAAAUCCCCACCUUUCAUCGCUCUUCCUCUCUGUCCUUCCUACUUUGUUGGCCCAAUGGUGGUUAAAGCCUGAGACAAACGCAUAUAUAUAUAUAUAUAUAUAUAUAUAUAUAUAUAUAUAUAUACCAUCAGCACCAGCACCAGCACCAGGGAGAGGGAGAAGAAGAAACAGUACCAGUGCCAUUACAACGAUGAGCACGGCAAGGUUCAUCAAAUGCGUGACGGUCGGCGACGGGGCAGUCGGGAAGACCUGCAUGCUCAUCUCCUACACCAGCAAUACUUUUCCGACGGAUUAUGUCCCGACUGUGUUCGAUAACUUCAGUGCUAAUGUAAUAGUUGAUGGAAGCACAGUGAACCUUGGGCUUUGGGACACAGCAGGACAAGAGGACUACAAUAGGCUCAGACCUCUCAGUUACAGAGGAGCUGAUGUAUUUCUUUUAGCAUUUUCUCUCACCAGUAAGGCCAGCUAUGAGAACAUAUACAAGAAGUGGAUUCCUGAGUUGAGACAUUAUGCUCCAAAUGUGCCGAUUGUGCUAGUUGGGACUAAACUUGACUUACGUGAAGACAAGCAAUUUUUCAUUGAUCACCCUGGGGCAAGACCUAUCACAACUGCACAGGGAGAAGAGCUAAAGAAAAUGAUAGGUGCGGCUGUCUACACAGAAUGUAGUUCCAAGACUCAACAGAAUGUGAAGGCUGUAUUUGAUGCUGCAAUUAAGGUGGUUCUUUGUCCACCAAAGCCAAAGAAAAAGACCAGAAAGCAGAGGACCUGUUUCAUUCUAUAAACACAAAGGAUGAUGUUUGUCAUUACAAGAAUAGCGUAACAUUUUCAUUUUCUCCUUCUGUUUCUUGACUUUUCCUGAUGGAUGAACUGUGAUGAGUGCUUUAAUAGUUUGUCUACGAAAAUGUAUCUGUCACACUAAUUCUUUUACUCUAUUAUGUGGAUCUCCUUAUCAAAGAUUUGAAAGUAAAUUCCGAUCAGAAAAUAUGUUUUG